AUGGCGCUGCUGUGGAUAAUCGCGGGAGCUGCUUUGGCUUCGCUCCUGAAGGAUGCCGCUCCGCAAGAAAUCCAAGUUGAGGUUAAUAGGACCAUCGUGUCUUGGUCUUCGUUAAGAGAUCUUGCAGAGGGCUUCGUUUUCACGCUUAAUUUAUCUGUCCCAUUUGACACAACCAAAGCCCAAUGGACAAAGUUGUUCGGCAAUUUGUCGGUUACUACGGGGGCUGUCAACAAUAUUGCCCCGACCUUCUUUUCUGGGACGAUGUUCGCAAAUGAUUUCAAAUUCUAUUUAUAUGGUCCCCCCCCUCCAAACAAAGUACUAGCAUAUGAACGAGACCAGUAUGGCCCUGCUCGGGUCUUGUGGCGACCCGGUUUUCUUUUCGAGGAUACUAACAACGACGUCACGCGUUAUAUUACUCACGGUGCGGGGGUCUCCGUGCCGAGUGAGAACAAGGGCUUUUAUUUCAGUGGGAAACGUGGAGCGAAUUGGGGAGAAAUAAAAUUUCCCGCUCCGGCUGCGAAUGUCACUUCAGAUAAGUUAAUUUCGCUUGAUAUGGCUCAAAUGAGAUCUCCUGAAUGGUCAAAUGCCAGUUUUCCAGACUUUAUCCCUGGCCGUGCUGCUGGAGAGUUGGUAUGGAUUCCCGUUUCUACAUCAGGGGCACUCGUUGCGAUAGGCGGAGUUCCGUACCCUCAAGACAUCUCCGAUACUCCUGCUGAUGCCAUCAUGCGUGACAUAACGGAAAAUAAUCGAACGGGACCAGAGCUCAUGCGCAGCGUGCCUGUAUAUAAUAUUGAUAAGCGGAAGUGGUAUUUGCAAAACACGACAGGAGACUAUCCACCAGCCUUGGCCCACUUUUGUUCCGUUGUGGCUGCGGCGAAGGACGGUAGUUCAUACAACAUUUAUAUUUACGGAGGCUAUAGUGGUAGUGAGUCUGCAGACUAUCCUUACGACAAUGCAUACAUUCUUUCGGUCCCGUCCUUCGAAUGGAUCAGCGUCUAUGAUGGGGAUAGGAAAUUGGGUCGCCGCUCUCACAAAUGCAUUAAACCAUACCCUGAUAAAAUGUUUGUUCUUGGUGGCCAAUCGCGAAGUGAGAUCGAUCGUAUAGAUUUCAUCCGUGUUUUCAAUCUCAAUACUUUGAGAUUCCAAAAUACAUACCACCCAGAAGAAUGGGGUGAGUAUGAAGUACCAGACUUGGUGACGGCGAGGAUUGGUGGAGAUGCCAAGGGUGGUGCUACCACCUUAGAGCCUGUGUCAUGGGGCCAUGACGAUUUACGAGACUUAUUUGGAACAAAGUAUACAAAACCCAUAAAAACGUAUUAUCCUUACCCUCUGUAUAAUUCUUCUGCACCAACGACUACAAAAUCCCCUCAAGACAACAGCAAGGGUGGUGGGAAUGUCAGCGGGCUUCCAAAAUGGGUGGCUCCAGUGUUGGGCGUUGUUUUGGGCCUGAUAUUCAUAACGGGUCUGGCAGUUCUCUGGCUUCUGUGGCGCAGACGACGGGACAGGACGUAUGCAAGCAGCGAAGGGGUUACCAAUGAUAAUAGGAAACGGAUUUUGGGGUGGAUGUACGGAAUGGGCUUGCCGACCCAGAAAACCAAUAUGACCACUGCUUCUACUGAGAUUGGAAUUAACGACAAACAUACGUCCGCCGCCGCCUUUUCGGAAGUGGGUGAUUCGGUGACAACUCCGGCUCCACUUUCGGGAGUGGUGUAUUCAGAUCCUAAGGCGCAAGAGGCUGGUGGGGCCCAGGUACAUGAAAUGCAAGCCGGGCAUGUCCCUGCACCUCUUGAACUACCAACGGAAUACAAUGUUGUUCCUACCACAGCCCGCGCCCGAGGAGUUAGUGACGCUUCGACUUUCAGAAGUCCAGUUUCUCCGGAGCCGCCAUCACCGCAACCGAACCCAAAUUUCCCACCCUCGCAGCCGACUCAUGGCCGAAAUAACUCGUCCCUCUCGAGUGCUGCAUUCAAUCUUUCCAUCAGCAAUGCGCGAAUAUCCGAGGAACAAAGUUCACAAAGACGUGGAUAUGUAUCUGGGUUUACUGAGGACCUCCCAAGCCCGGAGCCUGACUCAACGGACCACACGAGCAGGCUCUAA